GAGGCCGCCGCCCGAGGCUCCAGUGGCGCUCGGAGGCAGUGGCGGUGACGCUCCCCGCCUCCCGGGCCUCGGAAACUUCCCGGCCGCCACGCGCGGAGCCGGCGCAGGAAGCCGAGCGGAACAGAGGUGAACAGAGCAGCCGCUUCCCAGGUGGAAGUCAGUUCCCUCUGCUAGGGAGCAACCAGCAAGUGGGUGGCGAAGGACUCAGGACUUUGCUUCCACGUGCCCGUCUGCUCGGCAGCACAGCCUUCUUCCCUUCGUCCGAACCUAGGAACAUCUUGCCUGGAGACCGUGCCCGUGUUCCACCCUGGCUACCGCGGGGACUUCGGAUCAAGCCUCAGCACCGGAGGCCCGACGUGCUGAGAGCUGCGAACCCAUGGAGGGUCUGGGUCGCUCGUGCUUGUGGCUGCGCCGGGAGCUAUCGCCCCCGCAACCGCGGCUGAUGCUCCUGGACUGCCGCAGCCGCGAGCUGUUCGAGUCGGCGCGCAUCCGCGGGGCGCUGAGUGUGGCCCUGCCCGCGCUGCUGCUGCGUCGCCUUCGGCGGGGGAGUAUGUCGGUGCGCGCGCUCCUGCCGGGACCGCCGCUGCAGCCGCCCCCGCCCGCCCCAGUGCUCCUGUACGACCAGGGUGGGAGCCGGCAUCGGCGCGGGGAGGACGAGGCUGAGGUCGAGGAGUGGGAGCCGGAGUCAGUGCUGGGCACCCUGCUCCAGAAGCUGCGUGACGAAGGCUACCUGGCCUACUACCUACAGGGUGGCUUCAGCAGAUUCCAGGCUGAGUGCCCUGACCUGUGUGAGACCAGCCUCAGCAGCCGCGGUGGCUCAAGCCUGGCCUCGGCGCCCAGCCCAGUAGUGGGGCUGGGCGGCCUGUGCCUGGGCACUGAGUCCUCUGAUGCUGAAUCUGAGGCCGACCGAGACACCUUGAGCUGCGGCCUGGAUUUGGAGGCUACCACACCCCCGCCAGGGGGGCUGCUGCCAUCCUUUCCUGUCCAGAUUCUGCACAACCUCUACCUGGGCAGCGCCCGAGAUUCAGCCAAUGUGGAGAGCUUGGCCAAGCUCGGCAUCCGAUACAUCCUCAAUGUCACCCCCAACCUCCCUAACCUGUUCGAGAAGAACGGCGACUUUCACUACAAGCAGAUCCCCAUCUCGGACCACUGGAGCCAGAACCUGUCCCAGUUCUUUCCGGAGGCCAUUGCAUUCAUUGAUGAGGCCUUGUCCCAGAACUGCGGGGUGCUUGUCCACUGCCUGGCGGGUGUCAGCCGCUCCGUCACUGUCACCGUGGCCUACCUCAUGCAGAAGCUCCACCUCUCUCUCAAUGAUGCCUACGACCUGGUCAAGCGGAAGAAGUCUAACAUCUCGCCCAACUUCAACUUCAUGGGGCAGCUGCUAGACUUCGAGCGCAGUCUGCGGCUGGAGGAGAGGCGUGCCCAGGAGCGGAGUAGUGGGGAGCAGGAGUCUGCCACCUCCGACCCACCCUCUUUCUUCACCACCCCCACCAGCGAUGGUGUCUUUGAGCUGGACCCCACAUAGGGCCCUGCCUUGCCCCCCAA